AUGGAUUCCUUGUCGCUCAACAGAGCAGCUCUCGACGAGUUCGUCACUCAGCGAGUGACACGGGAAAUGGUGACGCACCUGGCCCAGCAAGCAGCUCAGGUCAUCCGCUGUGAAGCCCAUGUGACCAACACUGUCAACCAACAUGGACAACCCACGCCUCCAUCCACUCCUCCCAUGGAAGCUUCCGACCUGCCUGCCCUUCCUUCAAUCGAAGCCUUCAUCGCGUCACUCGUCGCUCGCUCCCAGGUUCAGGUGCCUACUCUCAUGAGCUCCCUGGUAUACCUCGGUCGUCUUCGUGCCCGUCUUCCCCCGGUCGCCAAGGGCAUGCGCUGCACCGUCCACCGGAUCUUCCUCGCCUCGCUCAUUCUCGCCGCCAAGAACCUGAAUGACUCAAGCCCCAAGAACAAGCAUUGGGCCCGAUACACCGUGGUGAAGGGGUUCGAGGGCUUCGGCUUCUCCUUGCCGGAAGUCAACCUGAUGGAACGCCAACUGCUCUUCCUUCUCGACUGGGAUACCCGUGUGACUGAAGAGGAUCUUCUCACAUACCUCGAGCCCUUUCUGGUUCCCCACCGUCAGCGCCUGAUCGCCCUCGAGCGUGAGCGCAAGUCCGAAGAGGAGCACAUCCGCAAGCAACAACAACACCGCGAAUGGCGCCGUCUUCAUGCAUCAGCGGACCUGCUGGCCAGCCGCCUGCGUCGCCAAAAGCUCGAAAGCCGUGGUGAGAGCCGCCGCGCAAACGACAAUUCACUCCGCCGUCUCCCAAGCCAUGUCUCCUGCCCGAGCAUGCACAACGCCCACAACACACAGGUCUCCGCUGAACACGAUCGUUACAACCCUUACCACCGCCAGCGCGCAUCUCCUAACCGACCCAACCGGUCCAUUUCCCCGCCCUCAGUUCGCGAUGUGCCGGCCCUGUCUCACGCCGAGACCUUCAACUCUCUCUGCUCGCGUUCCUCCAGCCUCGCCCCAAGUUCAAAGGGAACCCCCGCCAGCAUCAGCACAGUCUCUUCUCAUGGUGGUGCCGAUGAAGUGAUGCUCACAGACCUCAGCCGCAGCCCAUCGUGCGCCUCUUCCCUCAACUAUAGCUACGUCAACGUCGCUCCCAUCGAGACGAAGCACAAGCACUUUGAGCCCCUCCGCCAGCCUAGCAAGAAGGUAAAGGUCAACAGCCACGCCCACGGUGGCGGUUUUGUUGCUCGCUUCCUCGCUUCCGCCACUAGCUCUUACAUGAACGGCCGCGUUGGUCGCUCUCACUAA